AUGGCCCUCAGCAUCGCCAACCCAGCCGGGCCAUCGCCAAAGACAUCGGCAUCACCUCCUCCCUUGUCGACAUCCGUCUCGUCAUCAGCAGUGCGGUCGCCGUCACCACAGCCGCCUCCUGCAAGCCCUCUUACGCCUCCUGCCCAACCAGCCAAGCUCGCAACUACCACCCAACCAGUACCCAUACUACCACCGCAGCCACCUCAGCUCAUAGAGCAGCCACCUUCGCUGCCCUUCUCCAGUCAUGAUUCAACCGAUGCCAUAGCCUUGCGCGCCGCCAUCUCUUCCCUUCAGUUUCAACGCCUACAAGCUCAGCGAGACUUGCGCACUCUUGAGGACAUCAAGCGCCAGGCUGUCGAACGACCAGAAGAAUAUCGCAAACAUGUAAUCGCCACUGCCCAAGCUAAACCUUCAUCACCACCAUGGUCCAUCGAGGAUUGUCAAGACCAGGACAUGGAAGACGACGACGAUGCUGUUCUCGGCGCUUCCAACACCAACGAGCAAGACCCGCUCGACUCACAAGCCGAGUCUACGGCCACACCAUAUCCCGUCUCAUAUGGUUCCAUGUUGCAGCCACAACCAGCAAAAAUCAAAACUCAGUCUUCUGGCUUCCCAACGGUCCCCUUACCGCAAGAUGUUGUCCGGUGUCCCCCUAUCGAAUGGUCCAAAUACAACAUCGUUGGCGAGUCCCUGGACAAGCUUCACCGCGAUCAACAAGCACGGCCAGGAGAUGCUGCUUCAUCCCAGCAGCGUGAUAGUGUUGUUGCUGCUCCUUACAACCCUUUCCUGGACAAGCUAGAUCCACGGCCAGUACUCGAAACGAAUUCCUCAGCGAGGAAGGACAGUGGCUCCUCUGCCUCUGACCAGCACACGCAACGAAGACCCAGCAAGCCCUCUAUGUGA